CGGAGCACAACAUGGAAAACCGCGUUUUGGGGUUGGCGCCGGUGGGAUGGAGAGGAUAUAAGGCGGACGCUUUAUUUGCGAAUUGGUUGCGCCCACCCCCAGCAUCUUCUCGGUGACGUCGCAACCAUGAAGUUGAUUACUGUUGUGGCAGCGCUCCUACCGCUGGCCUCGGCCGCAGGGUACUCCAAGCAAGAGUAUGACUCUGGCGCGGUCAUGGCGAAGAUGAUGGCUAAGAAAGAGGCUGCGUGGGCUCAGCACAAGGCAGCAGGCCGCUACGACAACAAGAGAUGGAAUGGCUUCGAUAAGAAGCGAGGGGGUCGUGACGUUAUCCGUUGCAUUAACGGCAAAGCCGAAGCCGUGAAAGGCGACCCUGAUCAGACGUACAAGUGCAAAGACAUCGACAUGUACGACUUCAAGACGCACGAAGAGCUAGGUAGCAAUGAUGGCGAAGGUUCCGGCUCCUGGGGUUGGACUUACUGGGGCCGCGAGUUCAUCGCCAUCGGCCAGACUGAUGGCGCUGCUUUCGCCGAAGUCACCCGACAGGGCAAGCUGGUGUAUCUCGGUCGCCUGCCUGCACAGGCAUCGCCGGUCAUCUGGCGCGAGAUCAAGACUAAUGGCAACUAUCUUAUUGUCGGUUCUGAAGGCGUAGGGCACAACGUGCAGAUCUUCGACAUGCGCAAACUCCUCAAGGUGGACCCAAGGCGACCAAAAGUCUUCUCAACCGAGACGGAUCUGACGAGUCUAUUCACGGACCUGCCGAUCGGACGUUCGCACAACGUCGUGGUUAAUGAAGAGAAGGGCUAUGCUGUUGCUGUCGGUGCGCAGCCUCGGAAUAGCUCAUGUGCUGCCGGCCUCAUCUUCAUCAAUAUGGAUAACCCGGCCAAGCCUUACUCUCCCGGCUGUGCUCCUCAAGAUGGCUAUGUACACGACGCACAGUGCAUAGUAUACCGUGGUCCGCACAGGAAAUACUACGGCCGUGACAUCUGCUAUGGCUACAAUGAGGACACGUUGACCAUCUACGACGUCACGAAUAAGAAGGGACCACAGGCCGCUUCGGUCAUCUCUCGAACCCCCUACAAGGGAGCCUCCUACACUCACCAAGGCUGGAUCAUCGACCCAAUGUGGCAGACUCACCUCGUCCUUGACGACGAGCUAGACGAAGGCGAGCUCGACCCUGACCGCACACCACCGGACAGCCCAGCCAUCGACGGAUUCCCAGUGACCUACAUCUUCGACAUCACCAACCUCGAGAAGCCCGUCAACACAGGCUACUACAAAUCUAGCGUGCGCUCCGUCGACCACAACCAAUUCAUCUACGACGGCCUUGCCUACCAGUCCAACUACCAGGCCGGUCUGCGCAUUCUCGACGUCAGCACCAUUCCUUCGGAUCCAUCCGGCAAGAGCGUCAAAGAGAUCGCGUACUUUGAUGUCUAUCCCCCGGACGAUGACGAGGAGGGUGGAGGGAUCGCGGUUUGGGACUUCGGCACCUGGAGCCAUUUUACGUUCCCGAGUGGUUGGAUUGUUAUUAACACGAUUGAUCGCGGUGCGUUUGUUGUGAAGAUGAGCAAAUUUGCGGGAAGAGGAUAUGGAAAGCGCCACGUCAAGAGGGUGAGGUAAGACGCGGUUUGUAAUAUAUGGCCCAUGA